CUGAGCUGCAUUUCUCUGUCAGUGAUUUGCCGUUCAUUUGUGUCAAUUUCACCUUGUGGUUUUUGUGGCAGUUUUGUUUUUUUACAAUUAUAUAUUGGAAAAAAUAAGUGCGUCUUUCGACUAGAUGACUAUGACGGAAAGUAACUCCGGUACAGAGGCGCCUCCCCAUUUUACGGCGCCGGUAAUUCAGGACAACCCUACAGGAUGGGGUCCCUGCGAACUGCCGGAACAGUUCCGGGAUAUGCCUUAUCAACCGUUUAGCAAAGGCGACCGCCUAGGCAAGAUAAGCGAUUGGACCGGAGCCGCUUUCCAAGAUAAAAAAUAUGCCAACAAAUAUGUGUCCCAAUUCGGUUCCGGCAGUCAGUACGCCUAUUAUCAUGACGAAGACGAGAGCACAUUCCAUCUGGUGGAUACCACUCGUGUCCAAAAACCACCUUAUCAGCGGGGUCGUUUCCGAACGAAUCAGCGCAACAUGAGGGGCCGCGGAGGCAGGGGUAAUUUCCUUAGUGGUGGAAUGCAAGCUUUGGGUAAAGGGUUUAAGGCCAGAGACACUUACAAGCGUACUCAAAUCAAAAAGUGGGGCCAAGGAAGGCCUCAAAUUAAAAUCAGAGACGCCUCCGUCACGGUCAAACCUGAUUGGAGCACGAUUGAAGAAAUGGACUUUCCGAGACUUGGGAAGCUGUCUUUGCCCAGUGUUAGGGAUGGAGAAGAUAUUGUCUGCUGUGGUGAACUUGAGUAUUAUGAUAAGAGUUAUGACAGGGUGAAUGUCAAAAAUGAGAAGCCAUUGCAGAGCGUGAAUCGUAUCUUCCAUACUGUAACUACUACCGAUGAUCCCGUCAUCCGUAAACUCUCAAAGAAUGAUGGCAAUGUGUAUGCAACCGACGCCAUUUUGGCUACGAUUAUGUGCUGCACUCGAUCCAAUUAUUCAUGGGAUAUUGUUAUUGAAAAAAUUGGCGACAAGCUAUUCUUUGAUAAAAGAGACAACACAGAGUUCGAUUUGCUGACUGUAAACGAGACUUCGGUGGAGCCGCCUCAAGAUGACGGCAACUCUUUGAAUUCACCCAGGAAUCUGGCACUUGAAGCCACCUUUAUCAAUCACAACUUUAGCCAACAGGUAUUAAAGACGGGACCGAAUGAGCCCCGUUACAAGUUCGACGAGCCGAAUCCAUUUGCUUCUGAGGAGGAGGAAGGAGAGGUAGCGAGCGUCGCGUAUCGCUACAGGAAGUGGGAUUUGGGAGGAGGGAUUGUUUUGGUGGCUCGUUGCGAGCACGACGCGGUGGUCCAAUCUCCCAAUGGGGAGCUUCAAUUCUUGACCAUCAAGGCCCUCAACGAGUGGGAUUCGAAAUUGGCCAACGGGGUCGAAUGGCGUCAGAAGUUGGACACCCAAAGGGGUGCCGUUUUGGCCAACGAGCUACGCAAUAACGCGUGCAAACUGGCCAAGUGGACAGUGCAAGCCCUGUUGGCCGGCAGUGAUCAAAUCAAAUUCGGCUACGUCAGCAGGGUGCACGUGCGCGAUAACAGCAAGCACGUGAUUCUGGGCACGCAGCAGUACAAACCCCACGAAUUCGCCACCCAGAUUAACUUAAAUAUGGACAACGCUUGGGGUAUAUUAAGGUGCAUCAUCGAUAUCGUUAUGAAACAGAAGGACGGCAAAUAUCUCAUAAUGAAGGACCCUAACAAGCCCAUGAUUCGACUUUACGAUAUUCCAGACAACACGUUCGAGUCGGACGGGGAGACCGAGAGCGAUGAAGAAGUCCCGCAGGGUUCGACCGCCUUCCAGAAAUUAUAUCCUUACAAAAUAAUGUAAUCGAUGCGAACCGUAAAUAAAAGAUAAUGGAUUUAUUUCGACUGAUUUUAAUU